UUGACUUCCAUUAGCGCUCAGAUAUGGCUCAAAAGACCCACAUCAAGGUAAAACCUUCGGAAAAAAAGGUAAAUAAAAGGGAACAUGCGAACAGUAGAUUUGUGGAUUUUUGCAAUCGCACAGAUUUGCAUGGAUUCAAAUAUAUUGUUAUGGAAGAUUUGAGCAGGAUGGAAAGGAUUUGUUGGGCAUUAGCAGUUUGUAUCAGUAUUGGAUUUGCUAUUUAUUUUGUCGUAACAGCUUAUGAGUGGUAUGAUCGAAACCCUAUAGUUACGGUUAUAGAAAGCACGCAGGGUCCAAUUUGGGACGUCCCAUUCCCGGCUGUGACUAUAUGCAGUUUGAAUUUUAUAUCUCUAUCUGCAGCUAAGAAAUGGUCUGAUAAUUUAACGUUUCCAAGCAACACAUCAAGGACAUUCGUAUUUGAGACGCUCAAACUGGCUCCCCUACUGUUUAUGCCUUCAACAGCAACUGAAGAACAAGUGGAGGAACUACGAGUGCUGCAAGAAAUUUUGGACUUCAACAGUAUAUCUGUGAAAACGUUUUUUACCGAAGGGACUUUGGUUUUCAUAGAGAACGCUUACAACCACCCCGACUUGGACUCAUCACUGCGGGUGAUCAAUCCUGCUGAGGAGGUGAUGAUAGCUCUAUCUCCAGAGUCCACUUACAGUACAUCCGGGAUACGGACAUUCCACCCGGAUAAGCGGAAAUGCUAUUAUAAAGAUGAGGUGCAUAUAGGUGAUUUCGUACAUUAUUCCUUCCACAACUGCAAGUCGUUGCAAAAGAUUGAAAGCAUUGAAACCAAUUGCGAGUGUACUCCAUUUUAUUUUCCAAUCAAAGAGAAGAUGCGACCUUGCAAUUUUUACGAUAUGAAUUGUAUUCGGCAAGUUGCAGAUAACCAGACGGAAGAAGUUGGUUUGUCUAUACAGAAUUCUAUAGAAUGUUUGCCAGAAUGUGAACAUUUUGACUAUCCGUUAGAGACAGCGUUUGGUGAAAUGAGCAACAAUGUUCCCCUCGGUGGACUUACGUUUUUUGAAAAUAUUGACUUGGAAAAUAAAUCAGUUUUGAACGUGUUCUUCAAUGAUUUAGUUUCUACGAGGUACAGACGGGAUGUUAACUUCAAUUGGCAGAAUUUACUAGCUGCAUUUGGAGGUCUCUUAAGCCUGAUGCUUGGCUUCACCCUAAUAUCUGGUUUCGAUUUCUUUAUAUUCCUUAUAACUUGUAUUCUAUACGAUUGUAAGACCAAUGUAACGACCAACCGGACAAAGCCAAAGAAUGUAAUAAAUAUUGAAGAGAAACGUUAUUGGCAGAACAAAUUAUAUUCGAAGAGAUAUUGAAAAAUGGAAGAGUAACGAUGGAUAUUGACUUAAUAAAGUUUUGAUUCUA